GCUACGUAAAAUUGAAUUGUGUUUCAAUUAAUUUCUCAUAGGUGUUUCUCAGCUGCUGUGACAAAAUAUAUUAAUCAAAUUCGACCUUCGCCUAUGUUACUUUUGUUCAACUCCACACCAUCUCUUUGGUUGUGGUACAUGUACAUUAUCCUGUUGAAUGAUUGCUAUUGGAAAGUUUUUCAAGAGAGGAAUGCUGUUUUGUUCUAACGUCCCACAACUUUUUAUCAUCCUUAGCCAGAUUAGUAGAUUUCAAUGUGUUGAUGGAAAUUGGAACCUUCAAAGUCGUCUUUUAUUUCUGCUACCUGGAAAAGCCGUCUGGGAGACAGGGUUGCCAGAAAAUAUCUAAUGGUAGGCAUGCCCACGCCAAAGAUAAGCAACUGGUGAUGACUUACAAAUCAAGUUUAAACAUGGAGUUCCAUUGAUACAGCAGAACUGCUAUUUCUAGAUUGAAGAGGCAGCUGCUAUAAUAGUUUGGGUUUUCUUUAAUUCCUGCCCACCCGUCAGCAGACGAUAGGAAUUAUUGAGAUAGAUUGUCAUGUCAUGGGGUACAUUGCGCAUGUUAUGGAUGGAAUUAAGUUUUGGUCACAGAAUUCAAUCUUGUGAGAAAUCUAUCCCAAAUUGACAGAGAAAUGCUAUCUAUAAUAAGCCCGGGACUACAAACACUGUCGGUUUAAUUAUCCAGACCUGCCCCCUACCCGGCAUUUCUUCAUCGGAUGAUUUUCUGCGAAUCGUAUUUUUAAUGUGAGGACAUUUUUGGAUGCACAUUUUUCUUUGAUAUCUCUGAUAGAUACCACAGAUAGAUACCACACCAUGUCUUUAAACCAUCCAUUCACUGGCACGUGGACACUACUGCAACGCUAACAUGUCGUACAUAAACAGUUACCAUCAAAGGGUCUCUUCUUAAGGAUCGAUUGAUAUCCCAGGUUGGAUCAAUGAUACAUCACACACAUCCUACACGUGUUUCAUAUCUACUUAAGACGAAAGGCAAUGGAGACAAAGUUAACUUUUCACAUUCCGAAGUGGCCAUUUGACAUCAAAGAGUAUGUGUGUGGGUUUGAGUGUUUACAUACAUAUAUCAAUCAGAUAUGAUAAUUUACGUCUGGGACCGACCUUAAACUUCGGCAUCCGACAGGCGUGACCAGGGCUCGAAACUCGAACAUCUGCAUCAGUUCGUAACUUCGCUAUGUAGCUUGGAUUACAGGUGAACACCACAGCAGCCCAGUUUAAGACCUUCAAGAUCUACUUGAAUCAUAGGUAUGGCUGUAAUUUCUUUGAUAUGUAAGAGCUAAGAAAUGGGUUGAACAUCUCCCCUAUUUCUCAUUUUUAAAUAAUUUGAUCACACAUUAUUCAAUAAACAAGUACGCACGGCGUGGAACUGAAAUUAAUUGAAUCAGUUUAAAAGUUCCCGCUACACUGUUAUCAUUCGCUGCAAUAUUAUUAGUUUCUCCACAUUACGAAGGUCAUGUAGACUAUUUGAGAUAAACAUCGCAACCAAGAUGGCUUCACUUCUUGUUACGGUUUUGGCCAGCAUUGCCAUACCAUGCGUUUUGACUGGCAUCGUUUGCAAUGCUGUGGUCAUAUUUUGCAUUUUGUGCACCCCAUGUCUACGAACCCGCACCAACGCCAUUAUCAUUAGCCUUGCCUUCUCUAGUUUUUGUUUCCUAUUCUUCGUCGUGCCCUUCAUCAUAGAUUCGUUCCUGACGAAUACCUGGAGAUACUCAAUGUGGUAUUGCCAUCUAACGGCCAGGCUUUCGUUCAUACUCGUUGGUGUUACGGUAGAUAACAUCGCAGUCUUGGGACUCUAUCGCUACUUCUGUGUAGUUCAGCGGUCAAAACCGGCUUUGCGCGGUAAAUGGUGCAUAAUUAUCUUAAUCUCCUUGUGCUGGGUAGUGCCGAUGCUGUUACAAUUCGUUGUCACAUUCACAGGCUGGACAAAGUCCUUGUUUAUCCCAUCCUAUGGCAGAUGCAUUCUCGCGAAGAACUCCGUCACAUCUGGAAGAGCCUACGACGUCCUUGUGCUUACUGGGAUUAUAACACCAUUGCUGAUAGCGCUGUUCAGCUAUGGAAGCAUAAUCAUAGCGGUGAAAUCUAGUGCGCGCAAAGUACGAGCCAAGCCCAAAGCUUCCCAACGGGAAUCAAAUACAGAUCAGAAUGAAGAUGUCACGUACGCCGAAGGGGCGUCAACUUGUCCUGACCCAACCAUAUUAUACACCGACGGCAAGAGCGAAUCUCAGGUUACCGAACCGUCGUGUUCGAAAACAGCUGCGACGACGUCGCAAGUUGCUCGCAACGGUCGUAGACGCCGCGGUGUGAAGAAACGCGGGGUGAUCUCGCAUCAGGAAAUUGUAUUGACGAAGAUCUGUGCAGUCAUGUUUGUGCUUUUUUCAGCAUGCUACGGUCCGAUUUUCUUGCUGACAAUCGCCUUUACAUCUACGGCAUUUCCACCGGACGCUUACACAACGUGCACAGUUAUCUAUUGGAUGGGCAGCUGUAUAAAUCCUAUUGUGUAUGCGACACUGCAGACUGAAAUGCGAUCGGCAUUAAUGAAAAUAAUUCCACGAUUAACAUGUAAAGGGCAACGUCAAGGGCACAGUGUGAAUAUGUAGAAAUAUAAAUCGGUCUAAACAUGUGAAAACCUGAUCUACGGAGCUUCAAGGUGGUCGAGGAUGGCCAGGCGGAUGGUAUAUUAAGAUCCAGUAUUACAUCAACCAGUAUCUUUAUAAAGUUUACUGGCCAAAAUCAAAGUCCAUACUUUACUGUGCAAAACACAAAUCAGAAAUAGGAAAAGCUAUUUGGCCGAAUAGUUCUUGAGCCUGACAGCCACUGAGCAGCGCCGGAUCGA